AUGGAGUCACAGGCUCACAGCAUCCACGAGCCAAACAAGUCCCGGUCCCACCCUGAGAUCUUUCCGUCGAUCGGACAAACACUAAACAGACAGAUUGAAAUGAUCACAACUCGCUUCGUCAAACCCAAUCUCUGGCGAGGAAGCCUCUCACAUCUCAAGCAAGCACGGUACUUAUCAAAGCCACGGUGCCCUCUGCAGGGCAAGCACAAUAUCUCUCUCGAGUACAGCCACAUCCCAGAUCCAACUAUCACUGAGAAAGGCAUCGAACAAUGCCAGGAGCUCCAGAGAGACUUCCCCCGCCACGCGCACAUCGAUCUUGUGGUGUCGUCUCCUUUCCGACGGACUCUCUACACUGCGCUGAAGGGCUUCGAACCUGUGUUUACUGCACACCCGGAUAAAACGAUCCUCUUGCAUCCUGAUCUUCAGGAGGUUUCUGAUUUUCCUUGCGACGUUGGGAGUGAGCGCGGCGCUCUUGAGUCCGAGAUCCGGAACAACAAGGUCCCUGCCGACAUGAGCUUGGUUUCUGACGGUUGGCAACUCAAGCGUGGGAAACAUGCCCCAAACCGCGAAGCCAUCACCCUGCGUGCUCGCGACAUGCGCUGCUGGCUAAGAGAUAGACCCGAAAAAGAGAUAGUGGUCGUCACACAUGGAGGACUUCUUCAUUACAUGACCGAGGACUGGGAAGACAACUGUAGAAACACAGGCACUGGCUGGAUGAACACUGAAUAUAGAACCUACCGAUUUACCGAUGAGGUCUUUGAUGAUCUGGGCGGCAUAGAUCUUCAAGGACGCAAUGCUAAUUUGGUCGAGACGGAAGAGUCUCGCGUUCGUCGUGGAAAGCCUCGAAAUCCUCCCACGCGAGACGAUCAACGGACGCUUUAUAAACUGGGGCUCGAGGGCUGGGCUGCGCAGGGGCUCGUUAUGAAUGUAGCCGAACUGGAGGAGCGGGAAAGGAAUCGCGCGGCUAUAGAUGAAGACAAGAUCUAG